UUUUGUCUUGCGCGAUCACAGGUAUGGCGCAUUCUCGGCCUUGCUCGGUGACGGCUAUGGCGCAUUCUCUGCGGCGCUGACGGCACUCUCGCAUCGAGAAUGCUGCCGGGGCGAUUUGGCGGCGUUGUUCUAGCGCCGGUGUCGGAGCUCCUGGCCAGGGUUCUCGUCCAGAUCGCAGAGACAGUCGUGGCGGCGAAGGAUGUGCUCAUCGAGAAGGAGAGCUUCAGCCAAUUGGCCAGGUAUUUGGAGAAGAUCCGGCCGCUGCUGGUGGAGCUCCAGGACAAGAUCGCGGACGAUGUUCCUCCGCUCAGGAAAUCGCUCGAGACCCUGAGCAAGGAGAUGAGGAAGUCGCAGGAGCUCAUCGCGCACUGCAGCUCCAAGAGCAAGAUCUACUUGCUCAUCAAUUGCCGCUCCAUCGUCAGCCAGGUCCAGGGAAUCACCCAAGAGAUUGGGCGGUGCUUGAGCCUGGUGCCAAUGGCGAGCAUGAAUCUCUCGGCCGACACGAGGCAAAAUGCCAUGGGUCUUCUCCAGGACAUGCAAAGCGCACAGUUCAAGGCAACUCUCGCGGGGGAGGAGAUCGUGGGAAUGAUAGAGAAUGGAGUGAGGACGCGUCGUCUUGACAGUAACUUCUCCAAUGAUCUGCUGCUACAAAUCGCUCACGCGGUUGGGGUUCCAGUGAAUCCAGUGGCUCUUCGCCAGGAGCUCUUGCAGUUUAAGAAGGAGAAGGAGGAGAUAGAACUCCACAAGGACCAGGCCGAGGCUUAUCAACUCGAGCAGAUAAUUGGGAUCUUAAACGCGGCCGAUGCCGCGACCACGGCAGCCGAGAAGGAGUCGACGUACAGGAGGAAGAAGAGUUUCGGGGGGAUUCACGCUCUACCUCCACUUCAAACUUUUUGCUGUCCGAUCACGCAGGAAGUCAUGGAGGAUCCCGUGGAGAUAGCUUCUGGACAGAUCUUCGAGAGGAGUGCCAUAUCGAAGUGGUUCUCGGCUGGAAAGAGGACGUGUCCGACAACCAAAGUGGAGCUGGACUCGCUGGAAGUGAAGCCGAACUUUGCUCUUCGCCAGUCCAUCGAGGAGUGGAAGGAGAGGAACGUUAUCAUCGGUAUCGGAGUUGCGCGGUCGAAAAUUCUUUCGGAUAACCAGGACGACAUUCACAGUGGUCUUCGUGACUUGCAGAAGCUAAGCGAAGAGAAGUCCCUGCAUCGAUACUGGAUUGCCUCGGAGCGCCUCAUUCCUGAAAUUGUAAGGCUUCUCAAAGAUGGCGGACGAGAUACAAGGAGAAGGGCUCUAGAAACGCUGUGCAGUCUUGCAAAGAGUGACGAGAUCAAGGAAGAAAUCACGGCAGAAAGCGCCAUCCCGAUCAUCGCUCGCUCUCUAGCUCGUGACGUCGGGGAGAGCAGGCAGGCUGUAGCACUGCUGCUAGAACUGUCGAAAAUUCCUACGAGCUUGGAGCAAAUAGGAAAGGCUCAAGGCUGCAUUCUGCUUCUGGUGGCCAUGCUGAGAAGUGAAAAUUCGAGCGCGGUGGAAGAUGCUCGACAGCUGCUGGCAAACUUGUCCGGCACUGACGCCAACGUUAUCCAGAUGGCCGAGGCGAACCAUUUCGGGCCCUUGAUCUCACGUCUAGAUGAAGGGAGUGACGCGACAAAAAUUCUCAUGGCAACUGCGUUGUCGGAGAUGAGCUUGACGGACGAAAGUAAAGCUACGCUUGGCAAGACAGGAGCAAUCCAGCCUCUGGCGAGCAUGCUCUCUUCUGGUAAGCCUGAAUUCCAACAGCCAGCUCUUGGAGCUCUUGCGAGCUUGUCAACGUAUCCUAGCAACAGGGAGGCCAUGAUCGCGGCAAAUGUGCUACCUCCGUUGCUCCAGCUAUUGUUCUCCAUUGCCUCGGUGGUGAUGGCUCUCAAAGUACAGGCCGCUGCUACGAUAGCCAACAUUUCUUCGUGGGACGGUAGUGUAGCUGGGGACCAAGGGGACGUGGUAGACAAGUUUAGGAUUCUCCAGAGUGAGGAUACAGUGGCUCGACUUCUCGCGAUGCUCAAGCUCACGGAUCCUUCGGUGCAAGCUCACAUACUAUACGGACUGGUGGCAAUGUGCUCGAGAAGCAGCGCCAAGACUCUCCGACUAAGUCUGAGACACGCAGGGGCCAUGGCGCUGCUUAUCAGCUUGUUUCUGGAAGCCGAGGAUCAAGAGGUUAGAACAGGUUCCUUGAAGUUGGUGUUUUGGAUCUCCAGGGAUACCACAGGCAAGGAUCUGGCCUCGCACGUAGACUCUCCAUGCAUGGAAGCUCUAGUGAAGUUCAUCACCUCUUCGCAAGACGCUGGAGCCAGCAGCGCUGCCUUGGGAAUCAUUGGCAUUCUCCCACAGGCGGAUGCUCAAGUCAUGCGGCUCCUCCAACAAGCCAGGGUUUUGCCUGCCGCCAUCGACGCUCUCUCCGAAGCUCUGUCCAGGAUCUCGACCAAGGAACCAUACAACACUCUCCUCGAGAACGUAGCGGGAGCGCUGUUACUCUUCACGAACCCCUCCAACGUCGAGGUGCAAACGCAAGCCGCCGGAGUUAUACCAUCGCUGGUGAGGCUGCUAGAGGUCGGGACGCCGCUAGCAAGGUCCCGGGCAGCCACAGCGCUGGGACAGUUCUCGGAGAACUCGGGCAAGCUGAGCUCCAGAGCUCCAGCUUCCAGAGGCUGCUGUAGCCUCUUCGGGCCUCGCCGCGACUUGGGCUGUCCAGUUCACGGUGGCAAGUGCUCGGUGCGAUCGUCAUUUUGCUUGGUGGAGGCGUGGGCGAUCGCGCCGCUGGUCCAGACGCUGGGUAACGAGGACGGUCUCGUUCACGAGGCUGCGCUUGGGGCCUUGACAACUUUGCUCUACGAUGAUACGUGGGAGAAUGGAGUUCACGUCAUCGCGCAAGCGCAGGGCGUGAGGCCAGUGGUGCGGCUGUUGACGAGCGGGAGCGCGGGGGCCAAAGAGAAGGCGGUGUGGAUGCUGGAGAAGUUCUUCCGGUUUAGAGAGUACCAGGAGGAGUAUGGCAGGGCGGCCCAGAUGCCACUGAUUGAUCUCACGCAGAGAGGUAGCGCGUCGACAAGGCAGCUUGCUGCGAAAAUCUUGGCUCAUCUGAAUGUUCUUCACGACCAGUCGUCAUACUUUUGAAAAAAUCAUCCUAGAUUUCAACCAUGCGAUGAUGGAAUAUAGGCUUUUAAAUAUAUAAAGACAAGCUCCAGCUGGAGCUCCACCUUCUCAAGCCAAA